AUGUGGGACAUCGUGCUGGCAUCACACCUGAAGCCCCUGGAGAAGAAGGACAAGCUGGGUGACACGAGGAGGGUGGUGUGGAACCCCUGUGCAGCCCGAGCCCAGGUGCCACCAGCCAACGACCUGGAGAUCCUCCAGGAACUGGAUCGACUGCCUGGAACCUCUGCUGAGUUUUACAGGGACUGGCGCAGGUGCUUCCAAAGUGGGAAAGAAAAAUACCAGUUUUUGCUGGAGCUUGGAGGGGAGACCUUGGGCAGAAUCUUUCAGGCUGACCUGGGUUUUGGCCUCCUGGGGGAGUUCCUCACAGUGCUGGCAGAGAAUGUCUGUGGUGAAGACAGAGGAGCUGUCCUUCAGAUCCUGCAGAGCCUGGCGGGCACCAAGCGCUUCGGGCUGAACGUGGAUCUUCUGAGCAAGUCGGAGAAGGAGAAGAGCAGGGAUCUGUUCAGGAAGCUGUGGAGCACCAGCAGGGAGGACCAGAGCACUGGCCAUCCUGGCAGCCCCACCAGCUGUGAAUCCCUGAUGGACACCAGCCUGCAAGAGGAAUCUGAGGAGGAGAGGAUGGUGGUGGAGCUGAUGAAAUGUUACCAGGUGAACUGA